GUGAGGGAGCCACGUGUCACUCUCAGCCUCUCCUACAAUGGCGUCCGUGAAACUUGCCAUUGCCAUUCACCUUCCUUCCACUUCUCUCACUCUUCCCUUCUCCCUUCAUUUAUCAUCACCCCUCUCUCUCCCUCUCUCCAUUCACAUCCCAACCCUAAUCAAACCAUUUUCUUCUUCACUUCGAUCUCAUUCUUCAUUCUCAUGAUCGCAUUCAAGUGGAAUAUUUAAUACUCGCUCCUUCAUCAUUAUAUGUGACGGUGUUCUAUAUGGGAAAACGAUUACUGCCCCAGCUGGGACUGAUUUCUUGUCUCCUCCUCAUCAAACGCCGACGACGAUGAAAAGUGGCGGCAGCAAUGAUGGAGGUGCAUUCAUGGAGGAUCCUAAUGGAGGCACUAAUUUAAAUCAGUCUUGUAGUGGCAAGCCUCCUAGAGACGCUUCCGCCAUGCGUCAUUGCGCUAGUUCUACCUUCCUUGCCGAUUCGGAAGCAGAUAUUGUGAGUGUAGAAUUGAAAACAGCGGCCACGACGACGGAGGAGAAAUCGGAGUUUUGGCCUAUAUUUCGAUCUGGAAGCUGUUCUGAAAAAGGACCGAAGCAGUACAUGGAGGAUGAAUUCAUCGCUGUCGAUGAUCUCCAUGAACAUGUUCCUCCAGGAAGUCGCCUUCCUUCUCCUGGAGCUUUUUAUGGGAUAUUUGAUGGGCACGGAGGCACGGAUGCAGCAUUGUUUACGAGAAAGAACAUCCUCAAGUUUAUCACUGCGGACUCAAACUUCCCUUGCAGCAUCAGAAAGGCUAUCAAGAGUUCAUUUGUGAAGGUGGAUCACGCAUUAGCAGAUGCCAUUUCUCUUGAUAUGUCUUCAGGCACCACUGCUUUGAUAGCCCUCAUGAUGGGAAGAAGUAUGAUGAUAGCUAAUAUAGGCGAUUCUCGAGCUGUGUUGGGAAAACGAGGCAGAGCCAUUGAACUAUCAAAAGAUCACAAGCCAAACUGCACAUCGGAGAGAUUAAGAAUCGAGAAACUGGGCGGAGUGAUCUACGACGGAUACCUGAACGGCCAGCUGUCGGUGGCAAGGGCUCUAGGAGACUGGCACAUCAAGGGGUCAAAAGGAUCGAAGAGCCCACUAAUCUCAGAACCAGAGAUCGAAGAGGUGGAGUUAACGCAAGACGACGAGUACUUAAUAAUGGGGUGUGAUGGGUUGUGGGACGUGAUGAGCAGCCAGUGUGCGGUGACGACAGUGAGGAAAGAGCUGAUGAAACACAACGAUCCUGCGAGGUGUGCGAAAGCGCUCGUCAUAGAAGCGCUCCAACGUAAUACAUGCGACAAUCUAACUGUUGUCGUUGUCUGUUUCUCCCAGCAUCCUCCUCCCAAGCUGCAAGUUCCUGUGUUGCACAAGAGGAGGAGCAUCUCAGCUGAAGGCUUGGACCUUCUCAAGGGCGUCCUCUCUUGAAUUCUUUCAUUUCUUUAUGUCUAUAGAUGCUCACACUUUUCUUGUGAUUUGUACAUAGUUUCGUUUAUACAAAUCGUAGGGGAAUUUUUCUGACUAGUUUGACAUAUGUAUUUUCUUCAAAUUAGUAACGUUACACGUUUGUAGUACUAUACUUUAUGAUACAUGAAA